AAACAUGGCGGCGGCCAGAUGCUGGAGACUUGUGCUCCGUGGUCCAGGGCUGUCAGUGCACACAGCGGCCGAGGUCGCCGUCACGGCUCCCGAAGUGACCGGUCCAGAUGUCGCGGCGGCCCCAGUCGCGCGCUACCCGCCGCUCGUAGCCUCUCUGACUGCCGACAGCAAGGCGGCACGGCAGCGGCGAGUGGAGCGAUGGCAGGCCACGGUGCACGCGGCCAAGUCGGUAGACGAGAAGCUGCGAAUCCUCACCAAGAUGCAGUUCAUGAAGUACGUAGUUUACCCGCAGACCUUCGCCCUGAACGCCGACCGCUGGUACCAGAGCUUUACCAAGACGGUGUUCCUAUCGGGCCUGCCGCCGCCGCCGCCGCCGCCGCCUGCCAAGCCUGAUAUCGAGCUCGCGCCGGCUCUGGACGUAGCGGCCCUGCGCGCCGCCGCCUGUGAUUGCCUACUGCAGGAGCACUUCUUUCUGCGGCGCAAGAAGCGUGUGCCUCUUUACCUGGAACGUGAGGCCAUCGCCUCGCCUUUCUUGAACCAGCUGGUUGCCUCCCUCACGGGCCUGCUCAGCGCUCGCAAUCCGGCCCUGGCUGCCGCCGCCCUCGACUGUAAACGCCCCGUUCACUUCUACUGGUUGCGUGGUGAAGAAAUUAUUUCUCGUGGUCAUCGGAAAGGUCGAGUUGAUGCUUUGAGAUACCAAAUAAAUGAUAAACCACACAACCAGAUUCGAAUAUCCAAACAACUACCUGAGUUUGUGCCGCUGGAUUAUUCUGUACCUGUAGAAGUCCCAGUUAUGAAUUGUAAGCCAGACAAACUUCCAUUAUUCAAACGGCAAUAUGAAAAUACCAUAUUUAUUGGCACAAAGACAGCAGAUCCACACUGUUAUGGACAUACCCAGUUUCAUCUGCUACCUGACAAAUUAAAAAGGGAAAGGCUCUUGAAACAAAAUUGUGCUGAUCAGAUAGAAGUUGUUUUUAGAGCUAAUGCUAUUGCAAGCCUUUUUGCUUGGACCGGAGCACAGGCUAUGUAUCAAGGAUUCUGGAGUGAAGCAGACGUUACUCGACCUUUUGUCUCUCAGGGUGUGAUCACAGAUGGAAAAUACUUCUCCUUUUUCUGCUACCAGUUAAACACUUUGGCGCUGACUGCACAAGCUGAUAAAAAUAACCCUCGUAAAAACAUAUGUUGGGGGACACAAAGUAAGCCUCUUUAUGAAACAAUCGAAGAUAAUAAUGUGAAAGGUUUUAACGAUGAUGUUUUACUUCAGAUAGUUCACUUCCUACUGAAUGGACCAAAAGAAGACAAAUCACAGCUGUUGGUAAACUAAGAAAAAACAUUUGAUUUGAAACUUUGGGAAUACUUAAAUUUCACUGAAGGAACAAUAAAAGGAAUUUUGAUAAUGAGA